AAAACAAAACAAAAUGUCAGCCAGGCGGAGUAUAGACGAAGAUGGAGAUUGGAACCAAUCUAAAAUACGAGGCUUUGACUUUGAUGAAGAGAAUUUGGAGAAUGCCAAACGAUUGACAUUUUCUAUGAAAGGUUCCUUAAUGGAAGAUGAUGAUGAUGUCAUAGAUUGGACAGGAGAGACCAUCAGUAAACCCAAACCUUCGAAUGUGCAGCUAGAUGCUACUAAGAAUGUUGCUGGUUAUGCACCUAAGGAGGAACCCAUUGAUGAAGAAACUUCAGUAGAACACAGUGAAGCACUAUCAGAAGAUAGUGCACUAAAAAUGGGAUCUGAGCAUCUCGACUUCAACACUGGAAAGCAUGAUGAGACAAAUGGUUCAUCUUCUGGAUACAGUAGUGGCAUUCAGGGAUUUACAGAGCCUUCAAUAGAUGAUGUUGUUAGCAGCCAUAAACCAUCAGAGGUGAAGCCAACAUCAUCACACAUUGCCAAGUUAGAGUCUGAGAUAAAAUUCCUCCAACGAUCCUUAAAGAGUGCCAAGGAAGACAGAUGGACUGUGUUAAAACCCACCGAGACUGUAAAGAGAAUUAUAUGUGGACAACAAUAUUCACUAGAAAUGUACAAAUCAAAGGAUGAUAAGGUUGCGUUACUUGAUGCUGCCAUUAAACUUCAUGAUGGCAAUGCUAUAACAGCUGCAGUAUUAUUCCUGAAGAAAACCAUCAAGCCCUCAAUGUUCAACCAGAUCCUUAUGAUGAGACCCAGUGCUAUAGAACACUAUCUUAACUACCUCAAGAAACACUAUGACUUCAUAGAGCUGGUAGACAUAUUAGGAAUGCUUGGCAGAACAGAGGAGGCCGCUAUGAUCAAGUAUAAACAAGCAGUGUCAGUUCAAAAUGAAGAAACAAAGAUAAAGAACUUAAAAGCAUGCUCAAGAGCCCAUUUCCAGUCAGACCCAAGUUUGAACCAUGAUGCUCAACACAUAGAGGAACAAAUUGCCCUCCUGGAGAGACAACUGCCUAUAGAGGCAGCAGACAGCCAUGCAGAACAGUCGGGCCAGAAUAGAGAUUUUAAAGAAUUCCCCAGAAAAGCUAAACUGUCUAACCAGCCUGUGAUAACCAGCUUAUAUUACUGUUGUUUCUACCACUAUGAACUAGCUGAAAAUUCCUUAGCAAGUCCAACAGCAAUUCGCAAAGCACAUAGGCUGACAGACAAGCAGUUUUUAUGGGUUGCCCUCAGUGCUCUGUGUAGAAGAAGAAGAUGGCUUUCAAUAGAUCAGCUAUUUGCAACAAAGGGUGUGUUUGCUAGCAACCAGAAGGUUCAGAACACCAUGAGUACAUUGGGCAUCAAAGAUAAAGGUUGGUUUGGAGGAACCAAGAUGAAAGCUUCCAUAGGCUUUGAUAAAGUCAUUGAUGUCCUUUCAAAGAAUGGAGCUCUAGCUGAUGUGCUGACUAAAUACUGUAAGCUUAUAGAUGAUAGCGAGAAACGACUGAAUAUAGCCAGUAAAUACAAAUGCCAUGAAGAAGCAAUUGAUACUCUAGUCCAAAUGAAAGACAGGCAAGGCAUCGAAGACUACAAACGAAGGCUUACCCCACAUACCAAGGAGGACAUGUAUGCAUUAAAUGCUCUGAAAAGUUCGACAAUUAAAUGGAAGAACUAAAGCCUUGAUGAGCCUCAACUUAACCAAUUACUACAACUAAAUGUACUUAGUUAAGACAACUAACAUUCAACAUAAAUCUAGCAGUGACGAAAUUAUUGAGUGGCAAACUACGAACUGAGAGCAUGAAUGAAAACACACACAAGAAAUAAAUCUCAUCUCAAUCUAAGGACCUCAUUUUGGAAGCAUUUAACUACGUUAUUCAACAACUGUUACAUUUACAUUACAUCCUUAUAUUGUGGAACUUUAUCAAUAAAAUAUAGUUAUUGUUGGCCUAAAGAUGAUUUGACCUCCCUAUAACAAUGAGAUAUCUGACAUUAGUCUUCCUGUAAAUGUAGACACAAACAUGUUAUGAGAGCUUAUUUUUUGAUAAUUGUAACAAUGCAGUUACUAUAAUACAAUGUUGAAGUGUUUAUCAGUGCUUAUCAACGCUAGGGUGGUGAAAAGUUUGGAUGGGAUGUGUUCUGUGUCGUGUUCCGUAUGGACAUACAGUGACAGAGGUAAAAUACAAUGAAUAUAUCUGUAACAGACCAAGCAAGUGGCAAGAAGAUCCCAUAUGAGGGUCAAUAUACAUAUAGAGAUUAAUCUAGUUAAGUAACACUGAACGUGAGAAAUCUUUAUCUAAUAUAUGAAAUCAUGUGCAUUGCCUUGUUGUCUUAGGUGGUGUAAAUCACAUGUUUUACCUUCCCCUGGCCCAUUUAUAGUCAACCAGCUCAACCGUUUAGUGACCAAUGCAAAAGAUCGAUGUCGGAUAAUUAACUAAGUUUUGAAAGUUGGGGGAGGGUGUUAUUGUCCCAAAUAGUUAAGCUCUGCCUACAUCGAUUAUUGAAUUCCCGGGAUUCUUCGUCAUGGUUAUUUCGUCCAGUGUGGAUUCCCCGAGGGAAUUCCCCAUGAAAAAGAAAAAAACUUGAAAUUUUAUCAUAAAACAUCACAUAAAACUUGAUUAAAGAGGAAUAUUAAGUCAAUUUACGGUAAUUGUACAACAUUAUAUGAAAGACUAGUGGACAAUUUAUGGAGUGACUCGGUUGAAGUGGGUAAGAAAGGUAAAAUCAAUAAAAAAAUAUUGUUAAAACCACAUUUUCAAAUUUAUUUUGAAAAUAUGACUUCCAGCUCGGGUUGAUUCCUCAUAGAUCCCAUGUUACAAAAUCACAAAAAG